AUGAAAGGUUCUGAAUUAGAAGGUAUAGGAGGUUUUGAAUUUGGUGAUAAUGAAUUAGAUUCUGAAUUGGAAUGCUUUAAAUUAGAGAAGUUUGAAAGUAGCUUUGAAAUGACGAUUGUAUCAGAUUAUAGUAAUGAAAUUAUUGAUGAAAAUAUUAAUAUUCAAGAAAUUAUAGAAAUUAGUGAUUCAGAAUCAAUUGAAAUUGAUAUACUAUUAUUAAAAAGGAAAAAUGAAUAUCGUUGA